AAAAUAAAUAAAUAUUUAUAUUAAACAAAAUAUUAGUUUUUACCAAAACAUUUUUAAAAAUUUAGAAUUUUGAAGAGGUUAAGGUAAUACAUCAACAAAAAAUCAUCAACAAUGUAAACAUUAAUAUAAUAUUGAUGAAAUUUUAUGAUCAACAAAAAUUUAUUUACAUUCGAUAUUGUUAAAUUUAUUGUUUAUAAACUUUUUUAGAACUAUACUAUUUAAAGAACCAAAAUCGAAAUUUUGAUGGCUUUUUCACAAUCAAAUUCGAGAGAAUUACAAAACAGAAAAAUUUUGGAAGAAUUGCAAUUAAAAAAACAAAUGCUUUUAAAGCAAGGUGUGGCACCAACAUUGAACACAUCAUUAGUAACUUCAACGGGUUCUCCUUCUAAUUUGCCUUCUACACAACCCUCUGAUGGUGUUGCUAUGAGUGCAUCCCAAAGAGCUGCCUUACAUAACGCACAUGCAGCAUCAUCAGGAUAUUUUGUAACACAGGAUUCUUCUUUUGGCAAUCUUAUUUUACCAGUUCUUCCUAGAUUUGAUACUAAAUAAAGAACUUAAAUUGCAUAAUUUCAAAUUAUAUAAAUGACUAUGCAGACUUUAAAUUGUGUGAUGAAAGUGAUUUUGAACUAUAUAUGUUUUUUUAAGUGCGCUUCUUAUAGUGAAAUUAAAGCAUAAGGUGAUAAUUAAUAAUUAAUCAAAAUGGCUAACAUUCAACUUCGUGAGUUAGAAGAAUAUUUACAACAGUUGGAUGGAUUUGAUAAACCAAAAAUAUUACUUGAACAAUAUUGUACUAGUGCUCAUAUUGCAUCCCGCAUGUUGUACUGUGCUGAAGUUCAAUUUAAUGACAUAGAGGGACAUUCAGUAGGUGACUUAGGUUGUGGGUGUGGUGUUUUAUCACUUGGGGCACAGAUGCUUGGAGCAAGUCAUGUAAUUGGUUUUGAAAUAGAUUCUGAUGCACUUAAAAUUCAAUCUAAAAAUUGUAAUGAAAUAGAUUUGUUUGUGGAAACUGUACAAUGUGAUGUAUUACAAUAUUUACCAGGUAAGCUUGUAAAUAUAUAAAAUUUAUUUAUAAAAA